AUGUACGUGGGUGCAGACAGAGUGCCGUAUGGACCCUUCCACCUGGCUGAAGAUUCCUCAGUGGGCACCACAGUCACUGUAGUGUCGGCAUGGGAUGCGGAUGAGUGGGGUGGGGACAGCUGGCAGGUGGACUACAGACUUGAAUCUGGGAAUGAGGAGGAGGUUUUUACUCUAGUGACUGACAGACAGACCAAUGAAGCUGCCAUCAUCCUUGAUAAGGUGCUUGACUUUGAGCGGGAGAAUGAGUAUAUACUGGUACUGAGCGCUCAGAACCCAGUUGCUCUGGUCCGAGGCAGCCAUUAUGAAGUCACUGUCAGAGAAGGGGAGGAGCCAGGACGUGUUAUUGCCACAAUCAGAGGUUAUGACCCUGACUCUCAUCCAAUCAGGUAUUCACUGAGAGGAGACACUAAGAAAUAUUUCUCCAUUGGGAAGUACUCAGGAGAGCUCAAGACGGUCCAGGCUUUGGACAGAGAGGAGAACAGCACCUACACCAUGGAGGUGGUAGCUGAAGAUGGGCGCAAUUCCUCUUUGUCGGCCUCCACGCUGGUGACAGUGCACAUUCUGGAUGUAAAUGACAACAGCCCAGUUCUGGUGGGCGAUUACUCCUGGAAAUACCUGUGCACACCUCGCUGGGAGGAUCAGGCUCUGGUUCUGGCCUCUCGGGACAGCGAUGGGCCCCAGCAUGGAGGAAGGCUCAACUUCUCCCUCCGCAGUGACGCCACUGUCCGCCGCAACUGGAAGCUCACUCCCAUCAAUGACACUCACACCAACCUGUCGUUGAAUGUCCCUUACCUGCCUCCAGAGGUUUACAUUGUACCUUUUACCAUCUCAGACAGCAGCUCUCCACCCAGAAGCACAUUCAUCAAUCUGCCAGUGACGGUUUGCCCAUGCAAUGUGAGGGGGAACUGUAGAACAGCACCAAAACAGCUUCAGGGCAUGCCUACUAUUCAGUCAACAGUGGGCAUCCUGCUCGGAACUCUGGGAGUUAUAGGCGUUAUACUGAUUGUUAUAUUUGUGAGACUGUCCUACCAGAAUUCAACACCACCAAACAAAGGCUGCCAGGAACGCGUGUCACUUAAAGUCUCUCUCUAACUUCUGAGUGUUCUAGACCAUUCAGUCAGUUGGUCACUACAGUUUUGAAAGUGAAAUCAACUCACUGAAGGAUUUCUCUGUUUUAAGUCAAGUUUGCUUACUUUUGAUACACUACAUUUUUGGUUUUAGUGAAAACUAACUUUUUAGACAAUACAUAUAGAUUAUUACCACAGUGAAGAAUUCAAAACUUUUCUCUACAUGUGAUAUUUCUAUGUUAUUUAUUUGUUUUUUAGUAGCUAUGUAGUUAUCUUUAUUGCAAUCAUAGUUUAUAAUAAUUAGCGGUGAUUAAAAAUUUGGGAUCAAUAAAUAAAUCAGUUAAUUUUCUUUCCUCUCUG